AGCAUAUAUAGAUACCUCAUGCUUACUAUUAACAUACUCACCAAGCUCACACAAACACACACUGAGAUACAAACGCCACUCGCAUUAAAUCACAUUCCUGCACUCAGAGGAAGGAAGAGAGAGGAAAGGGAAAGACAGGGAUGCUCUUAGCAGGUGCCAAAAACUGAGAGAAACGAGAGAGGGAGAGAGAGAGAGAGAGAGGGAGGGAUGGAUCAGGACUAAAGAAUUCAGUCAAGUUGUAGAAGAUCCUCGAACUAUUAUUGUAUUUUCUGCAGAAUGUUUUUUUGUUCGCAUUCCCGUGCGUCUCUCUCCUGUAUCUGUGUUUGAGUGUAUUCAUCUAAAACCGUUCAUCUAAAUCCCGACUCGCAUUAGUGGUGUAUCCGGGGCCAAUAUCACUUGCGCCAUGCUGUGCUCCUCUGUAUUUGUGGUGCUUCUAGUCCUUCUGGCCAAUCCGGUGCCGGGCCACACCCGAGCCCUGCACACCCCUCACAAAGCCAUGCAGGUCAUUGAGCAGUUUCUUGAGCGCUACAAUGACCUCUUGACCCUUGACGAUCUUGAGAACCUCACGAGUGACCAGUUGGAGGAUCCCAUGCAGACCUUCAGCUCUGGGCUAAAGGUCGCAGAAUAUCCCAAGUGGAUUGACAUACCUUUGCAGAGUGAUAAUGCCUGGCUCCGCCUUUUGAGGGGGGCUUUGGCCAAUCAGAAGCGAGCUCCACCGGACCGGUUGCGGAGGGGAUGGAAUCGAGGCUGUUUUGGCCUGAAACUGGACCGGAUCGGCUCUAUGAGCGGCCUCGGCUGCUAAUAAUGGACUGAGAGAUGGGCCGAGACCAUGAGAUGACUGUUGUCCUGCUUAGCUUUAGGUAGAGGUCAUUACCAAACUCUUGUCUGGUCUGGGACCCUGUGAAAAGAGUUGUACAGGUGGACAAAUUCAUUAUAUCAUGUCUUUCAAUAUACUUCUUUUUACAUUGGCUUUAAAGUGACAUGUUGUUUAGCUGUAUUUAUUUCCUUAUGAAGGAAGCAAACUAUUUUACUUGUUCAUUGAGCAACACUGUCCUUCAUUUUUGAUAUUCUGCUAGUAGUUUACUAGUGAACAAAAGGUUUUAAAGUAGAUAAAGUCUCAAAAAAAUGCAUGAUUGACAUAUACUGCUCACUUUCUGUAUUUUUUGCAUGAAUAAAAUUUCUUUUUGCGCUCUGCAUGAAUCUUAAUUGCGUUCCCUGAUCAUAAAGUGUUUUUGUUACGCUUUUCUAAACCCAGGUUGUUCUCCCACACACUGCAAAUCAAGGAGUUUCACCUGUUUCUGUAUAAUUUAUUUUCUUAUGGGCUGCAAAUAUGCAAAUUGGAAGAGUGUGGCAGGAUUUUCAGCCUUAAUUCAGUCUUAAUCAGCUCGUAUUGUGCAAGGACACGCUGGCUGACACACAUUCACAUCCUUCUGUGACAAGGAGUGGGAAGUCUAGGGUUUAGUGGUGCGAUGUAUUUAGUUUUAACUAAGGAACUUAAUAAUCAUGGAAACAAUUUAUUGAACAAUGUGAUGUACUAUUAACAAUCAUUGUAAGUGGAUUAAAACAGCACUGCUCUUCA